AAGGAAUUGAAAAUUCAAUAUUUUUCCUCUUUUUCAUCCAUUUUUUCAACAUCCUUCCUCAGUUAUCCUCUUUCUCGUUCUAAUCUUUUUCCCGUACUUUUUAGCUUUCAUCCAAUAGAUCAUUUCAUUGUUACUUGCUUAAACUACUUCAUUAUUAUUAUUAUUAUUAUUAUUAUUAUUAUUAUUAUUAUUAUUAUUAUUAUUAUUAUUAUUGUUAUUUAUUAUUGUUAUUAUUAUUUAUUAUUAUUAUUAUUAUUAUUUAUUAUUAUUAUGGAACAUAAGUCUUCAUAUCAUUACCACUGCUGUGCAUUUUCAAAAUUAUCUUUUGCUAGGAUUUCAUUCCCGAAGAUGAUGGAUUCAAAACAAGCAACUGAUAUCGUACUACUAAUACUACUCAUAACGCAUCAUUUA